AUUGUGAAUUCUCGAUAACUCUGGUAAGAUCUGACAACAAACGAUAUGAGAGUAUCAUGAUAUUGAAUGUAAUAGCUUUAGUUUAUAAAUGAUUAUGUGUUUUGUUUGUGAUUGUUAUCCACACAUGUGUUGAUAUGAUGUCAUGUGUGUAGUUCUGAUAUUAUUAAUUAGAAUUAUCAACACAGUGUCUUCAGGUAAUAAACAUCCUUAUUCCAUUUAUUAACAAUGAGUGUCUGUAAAUAGUUUGUCAGGAAGUGACAUCGGACAGAUAUUCAGUGGGUUUGUAGUUCUUCAUCAAGGACAGACUGUCUAUCUAGCUAAACUUACUCUGUGGUAUUAACCACGAAUUGAAUAGCUUCGAUAAACCUUAUAUGCUAACGAGACAUAUUAUCCUUGAUGUAUUGCGUAAUCACCAUAUUAAUAGGCGUUAUGAAUUUUGAUUGAUUACAAUGACGUUAUUUUCCUCCACUCCAACGCUAUCAGCAUUUAUUCCGAGUAAUGAAUAUCAUUCAUUUGGUUCAUGAUCCUAUUGACGUUAUAAUUACUUCCGAUAUCCAUGUAAUUCAUAUCAACAUUCAAGAAAAUUUCAUAUUCUGUGCAUAUUAGUGAAUGUACAUUUCAGAUAUUAAUAGGACUGGAUUCAUCGAAAACAGUCAUAAUUUUGAUUAUGAAAUCAAUUCAUGGUACUCGAACUAUAGAACUAGCAAAUAAUUUAUUGAAAGUAUACUCUUUGUUUGAGGUGAUUCAACAUUCAUGUCGAAAGUAAUUAUUGUACGCAGCACUUUUUGUGGAGAUAAUCCUGAUGUUAAGUAUUUUGUACAAAGAUUAUACUAUUCAACAAACUGUUUUCUGGUCUCCAAACGUAAAACCUAAAGGUUUGAAUAGUCGGCAAUUUAGUUAAGUAUAGAUGGUUCAGAAGUAGAUAUCAAGAUUAGUAUUAUGUUUAGUGAAUAUGUUAAAUAGCGAUUAGGAAAGAUAGAAUGUGUGGGCAGUUGAACCUUCAGACAUCCUGUAUGAAUUGGAGAGCUAUAAUAUCUUAAUUUGGUAAAUUGUAGACUUUUCUUUAGUUUCUUCAGAAAUCUUCGUUUAGUGGGAGUUUUUUCAAAGUGAAGCAUUAAAGAAUAAAUAACUUGGAGAUGAUUUACUUGGAGUGGAUCAACGAACCAGUGAUAUGACUUUGAGGAUAUACUUCGAAAUGUUUGCUUAUAAGAGGUCCGAGAAAAUAAUAUUUAACCAAAUCACUGGUCCGGGUGAACAAUUUCUUUGUGAAAUGACUGAAUUUAUGUUGGCUAUCAGAUCUUACUUCCAACUGAUUACUUAGUUAAGAUAAAUAGACAUAAUAAUAAGUAAAUAAAUAAUAUCACUAGUGUGUAAUUUAACCUAAUGAACUUUACGUAGAUGUUAUUACAAAUAUAUUUUCUGUAUUAUUUUAAUUCAUUAGUAUUGAUUAGUACGUUGGAAUGUUUGCGAAGUGUUAGAAAACACAGAUUUAUAUGUAAAUAUAUGUGUGGAUUACUUCAUAAAAAUUAAAAUUUGUUGAGUUCUUGAAUGUUAUGAAUUUCAUAUGCUUAGAAAGUAUUUCUGAAAAUGAUUUCUCAUACUUUCAAAGGUUUUAAAGAAUUCAUUUCACCCAUAGGAAGAAUUAAUGAAAGAAUUCAUAUAUGCAAUUAAGGUUCGGUAUGAACAAAUUAAAAUAUACUUGUUUUUCUACAGAGUGUGGUGUUUUGUAUUCGAUAUUAUCCUUAAACUUCGUAUAUUGUUCGCCCUGAUAACAGUUACUAGAUAACGCCCCAAUGGUGUAUAAAUAUCAGAAGGCAAAUACGAAGUGUUGAUUACGCUUAUUAUUGCACCAAUCAGAGGUUACCAAAAUUACAGGCGCGUUAAGCAAGUGUGAAAGAGUAGUGCCGAAAUGCACACGAGUGAGCGUGCGAAUCAAAUUAGCGAGCGAGUGAUCGAGUCAAUGAACGAGUAUGCGAUUCAAUGAACAGGAUUAAAAUGUACAUAUAUAUACAUAUGGAAGUGAAUGAAUCAUCGAAUCAAUUAAGUGACUAAUAUAAGACUAGCAGAAUGAAUAUAUGCGUAGUGGGUAAGCAAUGCUCAAGCACACAUAUUCAUACAAGUGCAACAAUAGUAAGGGUACAAUAUCAUAGAUAGGUUGUUAUUGUACGAAUGACACUGUCCGUUAACAAAAGGGCAUAAGCAAACUAAAUAUGAACAAACUCAAUGGUACGUGAGUUGCCACAAGAGCAUCAAUAUCACAUCACUAUGUUUAGUGAAAAUUACACAAAAGGAAUAUUGGGUUUAAACGUCUGCAGUUAAUUCAAUCACAACUUCAUAUCAAGCUGACUUUUAAUCUAUUUUAUUUAGCAUAUAAUCAAUCCUUGAAAAUUUAUAUUUUGUGUAAUGAACGUUUAGUAUUUGCUUUUGUUUAUUUUGGUUGAUAAUUUAGACUAUUACUGUAAAUUUAAUUGAUUUAUGUGAUUUUUGAACAUCUGAUAAUAAUACAAUACAUUUUCAUACUGUUUACUUGUAAUUUGAGUUCAUGAUUUUUCCCUUUUGGAUUUCUAGACUUAUUGGGAUUAGUUGUUUGGUUAAAUUAUUUCAAUUUCACAUCUCGCAUCACAAUUUUCCUGGACAUUUCUCACGAUGGACUAUGGACCCUCAUAGAACUGGUCUUUAUAAUCUUCGCUGCCAUCAUUGAUGGGCGCGCGGCGCUGAAUGAAAUCCAUUAUAAUCUAUUCUUUGUUCUGAAGGAUACUUCUAUGAUCCUGGGUCCAUGAAAUUUCCGUCAUAUAAGCGCUUCCUGUGCUCCUUUGGAGAGAGUUAGUGGAACUCUAUAUGUGCGCGAGGCAUUUUCUUCUUCGUGACGAAAAUAUAACGAAACCUCUUCCAAAGCUAUUUUUUCUUCCCAGCUUGUGCCUAAUGGGUUUCACUCAUUUAAAGGAAAAAAGAUUGCGUUAUUCAUUUCUGCAACUAUUUGAAUGACCCUACCAGUCUUCUACAUAGCGCAAACAUUUUUUGUACCCACAUUAAUUAUUACUCUGGUUGUCAGAAGGGAUAUUGGCCUCGUGACUCUUGAGGGAUCUCGGCCUCCACCACGAGGCUUCACUACUCUCCUUUAUGGAGACCCCUCAACCUUUAAGACAGAGCUUCAAUUUUUGAAGUGACUUUCUGGUCAUCGUUUUUUUUUAUCGAGGUUCUAUUUUUCUGGAAGGGGUUGCUAACCCCAUACCUGACUACCUUUAUCCGGGUUCGGGACUAGCAGUAACCCUAGAAGGGCUUCAGGCAGGGUUGAUUUCACCUCACGGUAAUUUUCUCAGAAAUGCGUAUCUUCAAGUACAGAUAAAAGGUAUUUCUGUUUUCGAACUCCAAUCAAAAUUGUCUUACUUCAGAAACGAUUUCUCAAAUGCUUUUUAUUAUACCUCCUUACAGUAACCUACCGAGUCUGUGAUAAACUGUUCCUGCGAUAUCUGAACUUAUCUAAAAACCAUUUUGGAAGGAUUGAGUAUUUCCCUGUCUUUGUGAGUGAAAUUUGGUCCGCAAAUAGUUGUAGUUGUGAGCUAUUUUGUUGAUUUAUGUAACAUUUUCAAUAUACUUCACUUGAAUUGCUUGUAUCCACUUUGUAGGACUUUCAGGAAAAUCUCAACUUCUUUUUGCGGUUGUGUUUACAUCACGUUACAUGGAUUUGUUCUUCAAUUUCAUUUCACUGUAUAACACCAUCAUGAAGCUUUUCUUUAUCAUUUGCUCUUGUGCGACCGUCUACCUCAUGUAUUUCAAAUUCAAGGCUACCUACGAUUCUAAUCAUGAUACAUUUAAUAUGUAUUUGUUACUGAUCCCCAGUCUGCUACUAGGAUUAGUGGCCAAUUACGAAUUUUCUUUAUAUGAGGUACUAUGGGCUUUCUCAAUUUACUUGGAAUCGGUUGCUAUCAUGCCUCAGUUGUUUAUGAUUAGCAAAACUGGCGAAGCUGAAACAAUCACUUCUCACUACUUAUUUGCGUUAGGAUCAUACCGUGCGUUAUAUUUGUUCAACUGGAUAUACCGUUAUGUUUUCGAUGAUUAUCUCGACUACAUUGCUGUUGUUGCGGGUAUUGUACAAACAUUAUUGUACUGUGACUUCUUCUAUUUGUAUAUAGCUAAAGUUAUGAAAGGACGAGACUUACGAUUACCUGCCUGAUCUCUACUAAUUUCCAAUAUUUCUUUCUUCGACUUCAUGAUGUUUUUGCUUUGUUUCUCUAUAGUUGUGUUAUAAUAUAAAAUGGUCUUAUGC